AAACAUCAUUUCCUUGAACGGUUUUCGAUAUACUUGUGUGCUGGCGAAGGCUGCUGCACGAUGGUGUCUGACGUGGUAGCUUGUGAUAUGUUCCGAAAUCCGACCGCCCGCGCCAGCUAAUGGCUUACUGUUCACAGGCACAUGUUCAGAGGCGCUCAGGUGCUGAGCCGAAGGAGGAUGUCUCAGGGCUUUGUCCUGCUUGUCCUCAACGUUAACCAUUCCUUGACACCGUCAUGUCUCUCGAGCCAUUCAUAUCCUUGUAUCGAUAUGCUCUCGAACCGAUAGCACCUUUUAGCUAUGUUGGCAUCAGAGUCUCCUCCAUCGAACUGGUAGCUGCACUCCGGCUUUGCAGCAUGCUGAGACAGAUCAGGGAAAACUUGCAUGCCAAGCAUCAGCGCAGCGUUGGCGAUAAAUCCGCGUCUGUGGAGGAGAGGUCCUUCCUAAGAGACGCAUGCACCUCGCUCACGGUCAAGUUUGGAGGAGAGGCUAUCAUAGGCCCUCUACUCGGUGUUCCUCCAUCUUUCGUGCUCUCAGGUGUUUCCCCUGGUGUGUACAUCGCUGCACAGGCGAUUGUAGAGUAUAUCCCUGUCAUACCAUCCAUGUCGCUCACCACUGAGCUUCCGCUAUCUAUCGUCGACGGAUUCACCCGCGCGUUGCUUCUCUGCAGUCUCAUACCCAAACCCGUCAUCACCCACGCGUCUCCCGUCAUCGCGUCUUCCCCAUGGACUCUCCUGCUCUCCUCUCUUGUCAUCGCUAAUGGAGGCUUCUUCAUAACCAGCAUGUUCUCCUUCCUCGAGCCCACCCCGCUCACACUUACCACCCCUGCCGCGAUCAAGCCCUACGGCUGGACAGCCACGGACCUUUGGUGUGCGCCAUUCAUCACGGGGCUCUAUGCCCUCCUCACGCACGCCCAGCCAUUCUGGGCUGAGCUCCACAGCGUGAUAUCCACCGUCCUCGGAAGUGUGGGUGAUAAAGUGGAGCCCAUGGACCCAGAGUCCGCCCGUGCGCUGUGCGCGCUAAUUCUCGCGGGAAUGUUCACCACCCGAACCGCGAAGAACUUUGGGCUUGUCUGGAAGAGGAGUGUUGCUGAGAAGAUCAAGAUACAGUGAAUAUCCAAAGUGAUAGGAAAGAAACACGAAACCUUGGUUUUGUAGCGAACGCGGAAGAUGUAGUCAUGCAAGAUAUUUAUGAAUGAGAUAACCUUGUUUUUGUUGCAAAGCGUUAGGAGACUGCUGGCAGCUCCACCACUACUGCACGGAGAGCGUAUGCUAACGAUUCCUUGGUGC